AUGGUCGAUAGAGAAACAUAUCAAGGGUUUUCUCGCAAACUCGUGCUCGCGUUCGACGUAGGCACGACGUUUAGUGGUGUGUCAUAUUGCGUUCUGGAUCCUGGCGAGGUUCCGCAUAUCCAACGCGUCUCUAGGUACCCCGCACAAGAGCAUGUUGGCGGCGAUUCGAAGAUACCGUCCAUCCUAUACUAUGACCGGAACCAACAAGUCCGGGCUAUGGGUGCCGAAGCUCGGCAAGAAUCCAUCGUCGAGCAAGCCGAGAUGGAGGGAUGGACAAAGCUGGAAUGGUGGAAGAUGCACCUCCGCUCCAAACACCUGAGCGCCGCGCACAUCAAGGACAGCGACAUCCCGCCUCUCCCCACAGGCGUCUCUGCUUUGCAGGUUCUCGCUGACUUCAUGGGCUACCUGUACCACUGCGCUAAGACUUAUAUUAUCGAAUCCCACGCGAACGGACCGAGUCUUUUCGCUUCGUUCGGCGACAGCAUCGAGUAUGUCUUGUCCCAUCCCAAUGGAUGGGAGGGCGUGCAGCAGAAGCAAAUCCGUCGCGCGGCCGUCAUGGCGGGACUUGUGCCAGAUGAGGGUAGAGAGGCCCAAGAGCGCAUCAGGCUAGUCACGGAGGGCGAGGCGAGCCUGCACUACUGUGUGGCCAACGUUCUCGCUUCAGAUACGUGGUCCAGGUUACCAAUCGAGAAGUUGGAGCUCGACAGUGGCUCUCUGGAAGCUGAAGAGGCCGAAAAGGGGGGAGUUAUCGUCGUCGAUGCUGGAGGCGGAACCAUUGACCUUAGUGCAUAUUAUAUGCAUUCCGGUACUGCGACUGGAAAGGCAAUAUCUUUCGAGGAAAUUGCACCCACAGAAUGUCGGCUCCAGGGGUCGGUUUGGGUAACCAGGCGUGGGCAUGACUUUCUCGAGAAGAAGUUGGAAGGUUCUCGGUUCGCAGAGCAAGACUACAUCAACCAGAUGACAGAGGUAUUCGACACGAGUACGAAGCUGCGCUUCACUAGCCCAGACGAUUCGUGCUACAUCAAAUUCGGCACGAUGCGCGACAAGGAGCCUUCGUAUGAUGUUCGAGGUGGUCAACUACGGCUUCAUGGGAAAGACAUUGCAACCUUAUUUGAGCCGUCUAUUCAAAGUGUCGUCGAUGCUGUCGAAAGGCAGAAGGCUGCUUCACAGAUCACUAUAUCUCAUGUCUUCCUCGUUGGCGGUUUUGCCGCCAGUGACUACUUGUUCAAGCAGCUUCAAGCUCGGCUAUCAAGACUUGGGAUGAGCUUGUGUCGACCAGAUAGUCAUACGAACAAGGCGGUCGCGGACGGAGCCAUCUCGUUUUACAUCGACCAUCUAGUAGCUACCCGCGCGGCUAGGUUCUUCUAUGGCAAAUCCGCCAAUGUCCUCUACAACAAGAGAGACCACGAGCACCGACUCCGAAGACACAAGAAGUACACUUCUCUGGAUGGAACAAACGUGCUUCCUGACUGUUUCUGGAUAAUUUUGAGCAAGGGAACGAGAGUAUCCGAGGUCAAAGAGUUCAGUCAAUCGUUCGUUCGGGAACGAGUGCGUAAGGAGAGUCUUUAUCAAAUUGACGUCGAUUUGAUCGUAUAUCGGGGGAUGUCGACAAGGCCAACUUGGAUAGACGAUGAGGAAUCUGAAUAUACAGAACUAUGCACCGUAUAUGCUGACACGUCGUCCAUCGCCAAGAAUCUUCGUAAAAAGAAGAACGGAGGUUUCACGUUCUACCAGCUUGAAUUCGAUAUUAUCCUACUGUUUGGGCUCACGGAGUUGCAGGCGCAGGUAAGAUGGUUAGAGAAGGGAUUUGAGAAGCGGAGUCCCGCAACUAUCGUGUACAACGAUGAAAUCUAAAUCCGUUCCCUCCGCCGAACAGAAUACGUUACCGCUUAUUCUUACUACCAGAUACCUAUCAAUUUGAACGCGGUUGUCCUGCGUCAGUGUAUUGAAGCUGUAUCGAUUUUUUGAAUUCUAGUUCCGUCUACUUGCUCACUUCCUCAUGGAAGAACUUAUCAACAACUCUCCGCAUUGUUACACACCGCUUUUCGGACCACCCCACCGGCAUGCUUCUACAGGUUGACUUCUCCCAGCUCUUCUACUCCAUUGUGUACCUUCUAUUACUAUUUGCAACUCCCGCGCCGAUCACAGCCGCUUCGGUCACUUUUUCUUUCGAUCCCGACUGCUUCCUCGGUAUAUAUUUCGG